CUGACCCACGAGUUCCGCAUGGGCUUGAUCCCCCUCGGCCUCGUCGCCCUACUGUCCAGCGGCACCACGCUCACCCUAAUCUGCUUCAUAUGCUGGCGUUUGGUGACGUGGAAGCUGCACUACAACACCUUCCUCGGCUACAACCAAUACGUGCUGCUCGUCCUCAACCUCCUCACCGCGGACCUUCAACAAGCCUCCGCGUACCUCUUCAGCUGGCACUGGAUUCGCUUCAACCGCCUCCUCGCUCCGUCGGCUCCUUGUUUUGCCCAGGGCUGGCUUCUGCACUCGGGUGAUGUGAGCAGCGGGUUCUUUGUUUUGGCUAUUGCUGUGCAUACGUACAUCACGGCUGUACAUGGCAAGCGAAUCCAUCACCGCCUCUUCACCGCCAUGAUUGUGUCGAUUUGGGCCUUUGCUUAUGCACUGACGGGCAUUGGUGCGGCUCUGCACGGGUGGGAGUACUUUGUUCGUGCAGGUGAAUGGUGUUGGGUCUCCGAAGCAUUCGAGACCGACCGUCUGAUGCUGCAUUACGUUUGGGUGUUUCUCGUCCAAUUCGGAACUGUCGUCAUCUAUGUCGUGACUUUCUUCAUGCUUCGUUACAAGACCAAACGGGUCUUCGAACAAGUCCGUCAGGGUCACACGGCCAACAUGAGCACCGUCCUCGCCGUCAAUCGGGUGGCGAAGCUGAUGACCUUGUACCCGUGCGUGUACGUCCUGCUCACCCUCCCACUCUCUGCUGGAAGAAUGUGGUCAUACUCGCAAGGCGGCAAACCGUACAGCCUCAGGUACGCCACCUUUGCUGGAUCGAUGCUCGGUAGCUGCGGCUGGGUGGACAGUCUCCUCUACACCUUAACGCGCCAGCGACUGCUGAAGGAGACCAUGCCU